AUGGAUCUUAUAUCGUCUUUUUUCCCAUGUAUCCAUCGACGAAAGGCACUGAGGGAGCCCGAAGAACAGGAAACAGAAAGUUUUCCUUGUGGCGUACCGGUACCGUUACCAGUGCGUCCAGAGACAGCCGGGACACUGGUGAGCAUGUCCUCGCAGAGGAUGUCGGUUCGCAUCGUCGAGGCAAUCGACUCGCAGGUCACCAUCUGCCCGGAGGAGCCGAUUGUGGAAAACACCUUCGAUCGGGAGAAAGAAACCACCAUAGCAGCUGAGGUACCUCAAGAAGCCCCUCCGCAAAACGAGAAUGCCAACGUCAUUCGCAUUGAUGUUGCCGAUGCCCAAGCGGAGCCAAAUGACCCACCCAGGCAGUCAAUAGAGAAGGAAUUGCCGGCGAUUCCAGCCCCAGCACCACUGAAGAGCGUCAAGCUGCCAGAGAUCAAGAGCCGCAUGAUCGAGAACAUCCCCGAGGAAGACGAUGACGACUUGGAGAUUCACGCCACACCCACACCUGACGAACCCUCCGUCACCUCGCAAGAGCAGGCUGACGAGACCAAGAACCCCAAGCGCUCAACAUGGCGCCACAGCUCCAGGAAGUCCCUGGUCGACAUUAUCAAUCUCCUCCAGUCCACGACAACCAGCAACAUCAACACGCUCCGCGUUCAAAGUCUGAAGUGGCCCCUGCCGCCGAAGUCUCACUUCCGUCCGGCAACCGCGCUUUCAUGCCGAUCCUCAAUCUCAUCAUGCUCCUCUGCAACGGCCACAAUCGAGCUUGAUAGGCCCCAGCCUGCUGUGAAGAAGGAGCGGCGGAUGGGAGCGGCGAUUCUCCCGGCUCUGCGCCUGGGAGGUCGAAGAUGGAGCGAUGAUAAUGCCACCAACAGCAAUUCUAGCAAGGGUCCUCUUUUUUGCGAAUGA